CCCCGCUACGUCUUUGUCAGUCAAUCAGUGUUGUAUAUUUAGCGAGUUUUCAGACCCCUCCAGCGACUUUUGUUGGUAAAAGAGGUUAGCAGCUACUGUUCAGGUUGCCAUUGGGGAGUUUUGCCAACGGUUCGAGAGUUUCUAUGGUUUUGAUAGCAUUUAGAGAGUUUUCCCACAGAAAAUUCUGCCGCAAACGAGAGUUGGAGAAGCUGUCUGUGCAACGGAAGUUACCGCAACAGCGCACAGGCAGAGAAGCGCCUGGGGAGGGGACGGAAAACGCUCCGUCGGGGACUGCAGCGGUGCCACAGCAAGGCAGGUUGGUGCUGUGACGUCGUCGCGUCAACUGAAAAACGUUAAAUAAAAACACCGCUGUCUGUCACGCGGUCCGGUAGACAGCGGAGAGAGAGGGCUUGAACAGGGGGACCAUGAUGGUGAUACCGUGGCUGCUUCUCCUUGAGAUGGGCUUAUACGCCAGUUCUUUCGUGUGUGGAAUAGUCACGGCAUCUUCUCUCACUAUCGUACAGGGUAGUUUCGGGGGGCUCUGUAUGCUCUAUGGAACGGUGAACCACAACUCUUCAUCAGGCACCAUAUUGGUCCAGACCUCCAGCUCUCCUUCUCUCUGUUACUUUGUCUCUGCUAUCUCAGUGUGUGUAGCAGUGUUCUGCUUCUCUAUAUCACUGUACUGGAUAUAUACGUGCUGCCUGGAUGGAGGGGUUAACAGAGAGCGUCUAUGGCUGAACAUGACCCUGGUGGUGUGUGGCCUGUUUCUGUUGUUCCUCCAGGUGACGGGCUGUGUGAAUCUGAAGUGUCUGGGGUCAGUAUUAACAGAGUUAUACACUGCACUGUACAGGUCUGGGACAGCAGUGUGGGUGAACUUCUUUUUCUGGAUUCUGAUUGGCAUACUGGUGGUGAUACAGAGAGGCCAAGGGUCAGAUUCCAGAAUGAUGACACCCUCUGAGACCGAACGUCUUUUCCCAGGCCAGGCCCAGCAGCAGUGACUCAUAACCGUCUCGCCGUACGACCUGUUGGCGAGGCGCUCAAACACACACACACACACACACACACACACACACACAUAUAUCUAACACUCCGCACACUCCUCACUGUUUGACCUGUAAGAGAA